GCCUCGCCCACCGAGGGCGUCUCGGACCGUCCCAGGGUCCCAGGCUGCAGACCGCUCGCUGGGCGCCUUUGUGCGGUUCUGGUCACUCCGAGUGGAGCCAGAAAACCUGAAAGGCAGUGAUGGCCACGAAACCCAAACUCCACUAUCCCAACGGACGAGGCCGGAUGGAAUCCGUGCGAUGGGUGUUAGCUGCUGCCGGAGUGGAGUUUGAUGAAGAAUUUUUAGAAACAAAAGAACAGUUGCAGAAGUUGCAGGAUGGUAACCACCUGCUGUUCCAACAAGUGCCAAUGGUUGAAAUUGAUGGGAUGAAACUUGUGCAGACCCGGAGCAUCCUCCACUACAUCGCAGACAAGCACCAUCUCUUCGGCAAAGACCUCAAGGAGAGAACCCUGAUUGACAUGUAUGUGGAGGGGACCCUGGAUCUUCUGGAACUGCUUAUCUUGCAUCCUUUCCUCAAACCAGACGAUCAGCAAAAGGAAGUGGCUAACAUGGCCCAGAAGGCUAUAAUUAGAUACUUUCCCGUGUUCGAAAAGGUUUUACAGGGUCAUGGACAAAGGUUUCUUGUUGGUAAUCAGCUGAGUCUUGCAGAUAUAAUUCUACUCCAGACCAUUUUGGCUCUAGAAGAGAAAAUUCCUAAUAUCCUGUCUGCCUUCCCUCACCUCCAGGAGUACACAGUGAAGAUCAGUAAUAUCCCUACAAUUAAGAAGUUCCUUGAACCUGGCAGCAAGAAGAAACCUCCCCCUGAUGACAUCUACGUGAGAACCGUGUACACCGUCUUCAUGCCAUAGGACCGCAGUACAGCUGUGAGUGACCACCACCCCUGGAGAUUGCUGUGUCCACAGUAGUGUCUUAAUUGAAGCCAGGCUGCCGUGAUCCAGCUCUGUCGUGGUGCUGUGUAUAUUGUUCCUACGUUGGUCUUUCAUGUCCUGAUAUCUCUUUGAGAAACAUCGACCUUUUUUUUUUGUCCAGUGAGUGAUUGUUACAGGACCUUUUCUGAAAAAAUUCUGGAGAGGUCAGCCUUUAAGUUAUAUCUGCUCUGUCUCUUCAUUUCCUGGUAACAAGGAUGGGUAGGACCUUGUAUCAUCUGUCCCCUGAGCUUUUGUCCUCUCCUUAUCCCAUUCUCAACUCCCUCCAGUCUCUUCCUGUUUUUAGUGUCUAAUGACAAUGAAGUUUACUAAAUAGCGAGUAACUCUCCUCUGAGCUAUGAUAGAUUCGUGGUAGUGAUGAAUGCCUUUGAUAUUCACUAAAAUAAAGGAUUUACAAAUUAUU